AUGAGCGCCAUCCUCUCCGCAGACGAUCUCAACGACUUCAUUUCGCCUGGCGUCGCCUGCAUAAAACCCAUCGAGACACUCCCGAAACAGGACGACGAUGUCAACCCUUACGAGGUGACCACCGAAGAUAAGAUCCAGACAAAGAACCCGGCGCCUGCGUCGAUUUCCCUUACCGAUUGUCUCGCCUGCUCCGGAUGUGUGACCUCUGCAGAGGCUGUUCUCGUUUCACUACAGUCGCAUACUGAAGUCUUGAACACACUCGAUUCCUUCCCGUCGCUGGAUGUACGAUACCUUAUCAGCAAGCAAAAUGGCCAUGCAAACGGACACGCGUCCCCGCCCUCCAACGCGAAACUCUUUGUUGCCAGUGUGAGCCCGCAGGUUCGGGCUAGUCUAGCUGCGACGUACGGCAUCUCCGAACGAAGAGCCGGAUUCAUGAUCGAACAGUUUCUGAGCGGAUCACAAGGCCUGCGGAUAGGUGGUCAGCACAACAGCCAUUUUACGUAUGUGGUGGACACCAAUCAGGCCCGGGAAGCGUGCUUGGUGUUGGGGGCAGAAGAGGUGGCAGAUUCAAUAACAACAGGGUCGAAGCCUAAGCCGAUACUGACUUCAGCAUGUCCGGGCUGGAUUUGUUAUGCAGAGAAAACACACCCUCAUAUCCUUCCGCAUCUCUCCUCUCUGAAGUCCCCACAGGCGUUGUCGGGAACACUGCUCAAGUCGGUGUUGAGCAAAACGCUGGACAUUCAUCCCUCGCAGAUAUGGCAUCUAGCAAUCAUGCCCUGCUUUGACAAGAAACUCGAGGCCAGCCGAGAAGAACUCACGGAUCGCUGGUGGCGCCAUACCGACCCUACGGAUAGUGGCUCAUCUCCAAUAAGAGACGUCGACUGCGUUAUCACUUCCCGGGAGCUCCUCUCCCUCGCUUCAGCUCGCGGUAUCCAACUUUCCAGCCUUCCACGGCGGCCACUUUCACCCGCAGAACGCACUCCGUUUCCGGAUCCCAACAUCGCUCGCUUCCUCUUCCCCAAACAACGACGACAGCACAACCAGGAGCAAAAGGUGACGGCCGGCUCUUCCGGCGGCUACCUUUACCAUGUUCUCUCGACCGAACAGUCACGUCACCCCGGCUCUACGAUUUCUGUCCAGCGCGGUCGGAACGCUGACGUGGUGGAAUACUCCUUGGUGACUCCCACCGGCCAAGCUCUGAUGAAGUGUGCACGAUACUACGGUUUCCGAAAUAUCCAGAAUCUCGUCAGAAAAUUGAAGCCCGCCAGGCAGAGCAAGUUACCAGGCGCUGCGAGACGUAUGAACACGGCCGGCGGAAGUGGAGGCGCAAGUGACUACGCUUAUGUGGAAGUCAUGGCUUGCCCUGGGGGUUGUACGAAUGGCGGCGGACAGAUCAAGGUUGACGACGUGAUGGAGACAUUGCCCGAGACAAGGGGUGAAGAUACUGUCAACAGCAUGAGCGGGCCGCAGAGUCAAAAGGAGUGGCUAAGACUCGUGGAUGAAGCUUACUACUCGGCUGAUUCCUCAGAGGAGGUCGACAUAAGUGGCGAAGAAGGCGAGGACCUGACGAUGACGAACGGUAUCACAUGUCUGAAUGGGACUGAGAAGACCGAACAAACAAUCAUCAAUGGAAUCAACACCACCGAAGUCCACGACUUUCUGUAUCAUUGGUCCCGCCUCGUGAACGUCCCGCUCUCCAAGCUGGCAUACACGACGUUCCGGGAGGUCGAGAGUGACGUGGGCAAGAAUAAGCCUGCGAGCAAGAUGAGCGAUACGGAGCGCAUCGCCAGUAUUGCCGGGCUGAGCGGCGGGGGAUGGUGA